CGGAAAGGUCGAAUCGCUGUCCCUCGCGGCCAUUGGUGCUGACAUUGCAUCUUGAUCCUCUGAUUGAGACUCUGUUGGGAAGCCCGCCCUGUGCGCCCUGGUGCGAAAGUGUCGAUAAGUGGAUGUUGAAUAGGCGGCCACGGACAUGGCGGAACUUGCAAGUGGCGGACGCCUCUGGAGACAUUAAAGGCGGAAAUUAAUGGGUCACAGGGAUGAAUUCGGCGACAACAAGCUGCCAUAUCCGGAGCACGACGCACCGGGCGCGGUCAACAUCAGUGAGAUGAAGGGUAGAGAGCCUAAGAGAGGGCGGUAAAAGGUGUCUGAGGUCGAACUUCCAGGGUUUCGGGGUCCGCGCUUAGUACGUCGACAUAGGGUGUGCUGGGCGUCCCUGCCGUUCGAUAACAGCGACGAACCUGUGCCCUCCUCGUUGUGCUCCAUCGUCCUCAGGCUAUGGCUCAGUACCUCCCGCCGCACGGCGAUCCCACUAACCUCGCUCAGCAUGGCCUUCAGGCUGGCAUCCCCAUGGACCCCAAUCAGCCCCCGCCCCCACCACCGCCGCAGCACUUCCAGGGCCAGCAACCCCCGCCACUCGUCAACGUUCCCCGAAAGCGAAAGAAGGUGGAUCCAGAGAGCGGCGAGCCCGCGACACCGGCGGAGCCCAGACGACUGAGAAGGUCGCAUGAAGCAUGUGCGCGGUGCAGGAGCAAGAAAAUUAAGUGCGAUUCAAAACAUCCUCGCUGCACAGCAUGCGCCUCUGCAGGAGUACAAUGCCAUCAGGAAGACCGACACCGCCAAACCCUCGUUGCCCGUGGGCAUACCGAGCAUAUCGAGCACCAACUCAUGCUAUGUGUCCAACUCCUCAAGCGACACAUUCCUGAUUUUGACCUCAACAGCGUUGAAGACAUAGCCGCCAGAGCAGGGAUAGAUAUCCAAUCCCUCGACCAAGAGAACCCUGGAUAUCCAUUUGCGCAGAAUGGCGCGCCUGGUCCGAACGGGAGGGGUUAUCCUCUACGCUCUGAAGGCCCGCCACACAACGGAGAAGGGUCGCCACCGCGAGGAUAUGCCUACCCGCCGCCCCCUCACCUGUUGCCCCCUCCGCCUGGGUACCCGGGGAUGCCCAUGCCGGCCUACGCUCCCUAUUCUCCUCAUCACAUGCCGCCCAUGCAAGGUCCUCCAGGAUUCAAUCCCCAUCCCCAUAUGCAUCCUCCUGCUCAUUUCGCCCCUCCUAUGCAGCCCCCUCAUCAACAGACUCAAACCAUGCGUCCCCCAUCGACUCAGGAGAUGCGCGGCACGGGGCCUUUGCCUCACGAUUUAUCUACCAGCCAUGCUCUCGCUAGGAAUUUCGGUGUUUCUGCUGCCAUUGUCGAGGAUCUCAAACUCGCACCACCAGCCGCCGACGCCGAAGAUCUUGCAGUCGGAGACAGUGGCCUUGCGUCUCGUCGCGACCGUGACAUUUCGCAACCUCUCCUACCUCGUGAUGCUGCCAAGUGGAUCUCUGUACCAAAUCGUUCGCAAACUGCAUCUUCACCCACGCUGCCGUCUAGCCCCGUCAGCUCUACUGUGAACUCUGAAGGGCAAGCGGUCUGGCUGCCCAAAGAUCGUAGCAUGGUCAACAAGAUUUUGGACGUUUACUUCGCUCGGCUCAAUUUCCACAGGCCGGUCUUCACUCGGGGCUCGUUUGAGAAGAGUUUGGACGCGCUAUACAAGGGCACCGCUGCGCAUGACCCUGGUUUUGUCUGCAGCGUCUACCUUGUCCUCGCGCUCGGGACCCUGAGCGAACUCAACCAUCGGGUAAGCGGCGCCGAGAAGGACGGACAGCCGUUUGGCUCUGGUGCUGCGAUGAAGAAACUCAUGCCGCCCGACUGGCCCUGCCAAGAGGAAUUUUUCGAUCUUGCGUUGGCGGUAAAGCCUGAUUUACGAGUCACCAUCUCAAGUUUGCAGGCAUUGAUACUACUCCAUUGGUAUUUGUACACCGAGCGACAAGGCCGGACUCUCUGGCGCCUUGUCGGCAGCUUGGUCCGGCUGGCGAUUGAGCUUGGCCUGCAUCACGACCCCCACGUCGCCCCGGCGGAUGAUAACCCUGAGGGUUUCGUUUUCACGGAGGAAGAGUGUCAGCUACGCAUACGCCUCUGGGCAAUUGUCUUGGUUCAUGACCGGGGCACGUCCAUCUUGCUCGGCCGCCCAUUGGCAAUAGCGCCCUCUGACUCAAACACUCCGAGACCCUCUCGGGGAAAGGGCAAUGACAUCUCCGAGCAUUUCAUACUAUCUGCGCCAAUUGCCGAGGUCCAAGCGGAUAUCAUUAACUCUCUGUAUGCGCCUACCAGACAGUCAGCAGACUCAAUCAUUCGUCACGCUACUCGAAUCAUCAAGAGCAUGUACGAGUUCCGGCGGCAGCUUCCCGACUCGUACAAGUGGUAUUUUAGCGGUACGGACGACUGGACUCUCGAGAAGCGGAAGCAACUCGUCCAAGACAUCACUGAGGACCAAGGCUUGACUCUUCUGAAAAUCGGGAUCACGAGGAUUCUGCUCCUCCGUGCCUUGUUCAGCUCCAAAGAGCUCCCCUUCCAUAACCGCCUUAGCGCUUUGAUUGAUGCUAUCGUCACCUCCCAUAACAUUAUCGUCGUCCACCAUCAGCUCAUCAAGUUCCCCGACAUCGCCUUCUUCGUCUCGCCUACUCCACUCCACAUUGCUGCCAUGGUCAUCCUUUACGGGCACAUGUCUAAGUGUGAGCGCCUUCCACGGGAGGUAGCUCUAGAGGACGUCUGGAUGGCCCUUGAUAUGCUUCCAAGCUUCCGCUGGCGCUGGGAGAGGAAGGAUCUCAAGGGUGGGCAUCCGCUUAUCGCCAAGCUCGCCGAAGAAGUCCUCAAGGUCAACCUACAUCAAGUCGCUCCUACUACACCUCCGAUGCUUAUUUCCGAAGCCGAUUGGGAUUCAGAGGGUGUCCUCUCUCCCAAGCAACCUAGUCAACACCCUGGGACACCGAACAUGGGGCCAGCUCAGUAUCCUCAGAGCCCAUACGCAAAGCCGUCCCCCGCUGGACUGCCAACAGUCAAGAGCCCAGGCGGCAAGGGAGUACCAGCGCAGGGUUUAUCUCCUAACGAGAAGCUGGCUGAGAUCCCCCCUGGCCUCUUCUACCCCUUCUACCCAGAGUCACAGCCAGCGAACUCAGCGACUUCCGCGCUGUUGAACGCGACGCAGUCCAUGUCAUCUUUUGGGUUCCAGCCGUCUCAGGAGUCAUUUGUGUUGGAAGAGAAGGAUGCUUCUCUGCCUCCUGCGUCUCCUGGAAUGCAUGUAUGGCCUACAACUGGACAACAGGAUCCUCGCGCUAUGGCACCGUUCCAGAUGCCCUGACUUUCUCCUCCGUUGUAAUUUUGUUGAAUUAUCCGCCCUACGCUACUCCGUUGAAUUAUUGUUAUCUCAGGUUAUUGUCGAUGCACUUCUUUUGCCCCAUACCGGGCACGUGUACUUUUAUCGUGUUGUUACGUGCUUAAUCCGAGUAUCC